UUUAUGAACACCCUUUCCUAAAACACAACCUCCAACAUUGCAUCGAGUGUAAUCGCAAAUGGGCCGCAGGAAGAGCAAGAAAAUCGAGAUCAAGCCCUGGUGCUGGUACUGUGCGCGCGAGUUCGAGGACGAGAAAGUGCUGGUACAGCACCAGAAAGCCAAGCACUUCAAAUGCCAAAUCUGCCAGAAGCGGCUGAACUCUGCCAACGGGAUGGCCAUUCACGUCGCCCAGGUGCACAAGGAGAAUAUCAAAUCAGUGCCCAACGCAUUGCCGGGCCGGGAUACCACCGAUAUAGAAAUCUUUGGCAGCUCGGGCAUCCCAGAACGCGACCUGCUUGAGCACGAGAGGCAGGUGCGGGAGCGCCUAGGCGAGCCGUACACGAAGCGUCCCCGGCAUAACAGCAAUCAUGGCCAUAGCCAUGGCGGCGGACAGUAUAGCGAAAGUGCCAGUGUCGACACAGAGGCUCUGCAGUGGCAGCUGCAGCAGCACCGGAUGGCGAUGCAGAAUAGCGGGCCUCCACAGGGCAUGUAUGCAUUCCCGCCCCGUCCACCACCAGUACCCAUGCCGCCGUACCCACAGCAGCUUGUGCCGCCGAUGGGAUUGGCACGUCCACCGCCGCCGCCCCCAUUGCCCUUCAUGCCGCCCGGUAUGGCCGGCUUCCGCCCACCACCACUUCCUAUCUCGCAGGGAGUGUCAGUUCCACCGGGAAUGCCCGUCUCACAGGCUAUGCCGAUGCCUCCAGGUAUGCCUGCCUCUCCUCCAGGGACGAUGCCGCCGGGAAUGCCGCCAGUACGGCCCGGGAUGCCCAUGCCUCUUCCGCCACGGCCGUUUGGCACAAUCCCACCCAAUGCACCACAGCAUACACCCAUUUCCGUGGUCACAUCGCCCGUACAGUCUAUGCCGGUGUCGCCGGUUACAGCUCGCCCGCCGCCCCCAGUUCCCGCUGGAAGACCGCCACUGCCACCAGUAGGAUUGCCACCUCGCCCGCCGCUACCAGCGGACUUGCCGCCGGCGCCGGCGCCAGUAGACACCCCCGGUAAGCCCAGUAUACCUGCUCAGGCACCUCAGUCUAAUGCCGUACCUCCUGAAAAUAGCUGCGGAAAACCGGCUACUCCUGCAACACCCGCGCCGAAGAAAAGGUCAAAGGGCUCACGUCUUGUAUACAGCGAUACAAGCCUAUGCGUGGAAGAGCGGCGCGCAUUGCUUGCACGGUACCAGUAUGUUGUCUGAUGGAGAGAAUGGAUCGCUCCUUUAUUUCUUCUUCGAGACCAGUGGUUUGGAGAGAAGCCAGAAGGUUAGGUAGGCGUAGUUGUCUUUCCUGCUCACUGUUCGUCACUUCGCUUCAAGUACAUGCCUUUCUGUGUAGCUUUCUUUAAUCCCUUACAAUCCAGCCUUUUUGUUUUGACGUUUUUGAGACAAUUUUGCCUGUGGUCGGAGAUGUAAAUAUCUGUGCAAACCGGUUGUGGAUGGACUGUGAAAUGCGGGCUUUCUCACAGUCCACCUAAAUAUAUCAUUGUACUUUUUUUCAUAGUCGGCAGCCCAGAGACCACCGGCUGUUUACACAUCGCAUACAUGCAUCAUACCCAUGAGAGUGACGU